AUGUCCUCUGAUGACGAGGAUAUCCGACGCCCUGGUCGACGUACCAGUCUUGGUCUCGAGAGUGAUGCUGGAAAUGAAUCAGCUGUUGACAAAAGUCCCUCUGCAGAUCUAGGUCAGAUGGAUGUGGAUGAUGAUGAUGAUGAUGAUCGCGACCUUUUCGGUUCAGAUGGUGAUGAAGGGUUAGAUGAUAUGGCCCCUCAAUCAUACGCCCUGGAAGAUCACCUAAGCGACGAUGAUAGCCAUUCUCUUCUCGACCGUAUGGACGUAGAGCCGGCCGGUGAAGUACAAGUAUACAACGUUCGGGACUUGGACUAUUCGCGGUCGCCAGCGCCUGCAACCAGUACUGGAGAAGUUUACGGUAUGCGAGUUCCCGACUUUUUGACGGUCCAGAAGGAAGAGUUCAGACCCGAAACUUAUUCCCAGUCCUACUCCGUCGCAUCCACGUCUAUAUGUUGGCGCAGAGACCCUAACAACAAAGAUCUCUUGCAAUCAAAUGCACGGUUCAUCCAAUGGGAGGACGGCUCCAUUACCCUCCAGCUCGCGUCGGCCCCGAAGGAACAAUAUCACAUUUCAUCUAAAUCCCUGCAACCUCUCACCAAAUCUGGCCAAUAUGAUAGCAAGCUCGACUCGCAUGUUUAUCUCAGUUCUGCUUCGGAAACAGCCGGUAUGCUCCGAGUGGCAAGCCGUGUCACCCAUGGACUUACGGUCCAGCCGACCAUUAAUGAGGCCGACGACGCCAUCAAGCAGCUACAAGAAUCGUUGGCACGGGCCAAUGCUAGUAAGAAAUCUGUUGCGGAAGUUGGCACACAAUUUGAUAGGGUGGAUCCUGAACUCGCCGCGCGCGAGGCCGAAAACGCGGAGAAGGAGGCUGCGAAACAAGAGCGUCGCCGCCAGCUGGUACUUGAACGCGAGAGGGACCGUUCCCGUGAACGUGCGCGCCGCGCGACUUACCGCAAGGCGUCGGGUAGCGGUGGUCUGGACAGUGGUGAUUUGACUACACGCCCACGCAAGCCCCGAGUCACGAACCGUCGUGGUGAGAUCAAUACCGACGAUGAAGCUGAGUACGACAGUCGUCGCCGCAACCGAGAGGAUGAGUACGAUGAGGACGACGGAUUCCUUGUGAACAGCGAUGAGGAAAUCGAGCAGGAAGAGGAUGAGGAAGAAGAGGAACUUGACGAUGAUGUCGAUGCAGAGGGUGAAGUCGAUGAUGAGAUUGCCCCCGUAAAGGCUGCCAGUAGCAACACUCCUGUUGCCCGAAGCAAACGCCGUCGUGUUGUGGACGACGACGAUGAAGAUGAACUGUGA